GCUGUCCCCACGUGGUCCAAAGCACGGCAGACGGACCUCUCGACCGGGGUGUUUCUCCGGUAACGGGCGAGAAGAGGAGCGACGGCGCUAGAGAACCACGGGAGAGCCUGCUGCCGUUCGGUGAGCCGGGACGCAGCUCCAGCGGGUCGGACAGACGCGUCGCCGCGGGUCGCUGCGGUGUGAGCGCGUGCUCGUUGGUAAGCUGUCUCUGGUGACUCAACAAGAUCUCCGUCUUCACCACGCUCCUCUCAUGCUGACGGAGAAUGGAUGAUCCAGAGUACGGGGUUCAGAUCGGAGAGAACAAGUUCAUCAGGAAGGCAACAGUUCUCUCACAUCUGAAGACGUACAACCUGUAUUACGACGGACAGAAUCUACAGCUCAGACACAAAGAGGUGCGUGCGUGCGUGCGUGCUUGCGUGUGUGUGUGUGUGUGUGUGCGUGUGUGUGUGUUGACCGCUGCUCCUCUGUCCCAACAGGAAGAAGGGGAGCUGAUCGUCGAGGGCUUGCUGAAUAUCUUUUGGGGUCUGCGGCGACCAAUCAGGCUUCAGAUGCAGGAUGACCACGAGCGGAUCCGGCCGCCGCCCUCCUCCACGUCCUGGCACUCCGGUUGCAAUCUGGACAGUCAAGGUUUCCCCAACAGCACAGAGAGUCAGCAGAGCCCCCCCACGCUGGAGGUGACGCCACCCGACUGCCAACCGGAGGAGGCCGAUGAGAUGGAGGAACAGGCAGAAGAGGACAGCGAGACCUCCGCCCAGCUGCUCAGGACGAAGAGCGACGCCGGCGUCCUGAGGCGGGGCCAGCGGCGCUCGCCGAGCGACCAGAGGAAGAUCCGGCGCCAUCGCUUCUCCAUCAACGGCCACUUCUACAACCACAAGACGUCCGUGUUCACGCCCGCCUUCGGCUCUGUGACCAACGUCCGCAUCAACAGCUGCAUGAGGACGCCGCAGGUGCUUCGGGUUCUCCUCAACAAGUUCAAAAUCGAAAACAGCCCGGACGAUUUUGCGCUCUACCUCGUCCACACAAGCGGAGAGCGCGUGAAGCUGAAGCGGAGUGACUUCCCUCUGGUGCUGAGAAUCAUGCAGGGCCCGUGUGAGCAGGUCUGCAAGGUCUUCCUCAUGGAAGAAGACCUGGGAGAGGAAGUCACGUAUGAUGUGGCGCAGUAUAUCAAGUUUGAGAUGCCCGUCCUGCAGAGUUUCAUCACCAAGCUGAAGGAGGAGGAGGACAGGGAGGUGCUGAAACUCAGGAGCAGGUACACGUACCUGCGCUGUAUCAUCGAGAAGCAGCUCGGUUGUCUUCCGGAGGGGCCGACGUGCAUGUGAGCCGCCCAUUGGACAUUCGAAAGCAGCCGCGCCUCCACCCAGCCGUGGCCGAGGGUCUACGUGUUUCAGGGACCGUCCUGAACUGCCUGCGAGGAGCAUUUUUUUUUUUGUUCGUUUUACAUCAAUUAAAUCAAUCAAGCACAAAGAAAAAGCACAGAAAGUACAUUCCAGACUGAAUGAGCCGAGAUCCAGACGCAGUGUCUUCUCUCUCCACCCUUCAGUUUGCCAGCUGACGCCCCAAAUCCGUUUAGAGCGCCGACGUCGUACAACAUGAUCUUAUUUAAGUGCCUGUUAAAGGGUUUCUCCAAGCACAAGGACACGCGAGUUGAUGCUCUGUUUUCAAUGCAUUGGCCUGCAGCAGAGUGAAGGAGAAGAACAACUGCAGAGCACGUCGGACCAGACGCUCACGCUCUGAACUGUGGAACGUCUUUUUAUUUUAUUUUUGGGACAUCUGGAAUAGAAAUAAUCUGGUCUGAAAAGUUAAACGGAGGGAUUAUUGAAGGGGGAUAAUCUGUGAAUGUCGGGACCAUUUUUCCAUUGGUUGUCUGUUGAGGUUAAUGGAGCUUGCUAGCUCGCUAGUUUAGCGUAGCGCAAAGACUGGUAGCGGCUUGUUAGUCGGUGUCUUUCCAGAAUGAAAAUAAUUUAUAUACCAGCACUGCUGAGGCUUGAAUAUUGACAUCAUUUGUUUUCAUCUCUCCAAAAAACAAAGUGUGUCUUGUUACACUUUUUUUGUAAAGAUUAAACAAGUGUUGGUGAGCUUCAGAGGUGCUGGUGGGCAGAUUUACUCUCCGAACACAGUCCGGCUAGUUAGCUGCUACCCACCUUCGUGCUAAGCUAAGCUAACUAGCUGCUUGCAAUAGCCUCUUGUUUUCUUUAAGUAUUAUAAAUAAAUUCCGUCCUGAAAGACUUUUUGCCAGUGAGUCGCGCUCACUGCCUGACGUCACACAACGAGAUGUUAACAAGCACAGCGAAAAAACGUUUCAUCGUUUGAACAGUUUUCAAAACCGUUCUUCACAAAAAAAAAAAAGUCUUUUAACAUCCAACGCCCAGGGACUCGAGUAGAAUCCCUGCAGACUGUGAAUGCCGACUACCUUCGUUCCAAGAAGGUUCUUAAUGUAUGAAUGCACGUGUGCAGCUCUUUGCGUUGGUGUGAGCGUGUGCAUGUUGUAUUGUCAGUGACUCUCGUAAGGCUUUUGUAUUGUCUCUAGACAUGUUAAGAACUCAAGCCCCGACUUGGAAAAUGUAGGGUUUUUUUUUUUAACAAUGAUUGUUAUUUAAUAAAAGUUAUCCUGAUAUAUA